AUGACCCCAGAUAAUCUACUCACUCGUUUUUGGGAGGUGGAAGAAGUUCCCAGAAAACCCUUGGCCUCUCCAUCAGAUAUUCUCUGCGAAGAAAACUACCAAAGAACGACACGUAGGAACCCAAAUGGACGCUAUGUAGUAACUCUACCCUUCAAGGACCCCGAAAACAUCGACAUUGGAAGUUCAAGACACAUACCGCUAGCACAAUACCUUAGAAAUGAAAAGUCUUUACUUAGAAAACCUGAGGUAAAAGCGGAAUAUGACAAGGCAAUUACCGAAUAUUUGGAACUCUGUCACAUGAAGAAGGUCGAAUAUAAUCCCGCGGAUAAAACGACCCCAUAUUACUUACCACAUCAUGCGGUCAUUAAACCUGAUCGCAUCACAACAAAACUUCGCGUGGUAUUUAAUGCUUCGAACCCCACUUCGAAUCGAAAGAGCCUUAAUGACGUUCUACACAUUGGACCCACCUUACAAAAAGACUUAGUCAUUCUAAUUGUAAAAUGGAGACUCUUUCGAUUUGUUUUCAACGCGGAUAUUCAAAAAAUGUACCGACAAAUCCUCGUAGACCCAAAACACACCCCGUUCCAAAGAAUCCUCUUUAGAAAAUCCAUUGAGGACCCAAUAGAAGACUUUGAGCUUCAAACGGUUACAUUUGGUAUAAAGUGCGCCCCUUACUUAGCAAUCCGAACUCUUCUAAAGCUAGCCGAUGAUGUCCAAGAAACCCACCCAUUAGCAUCUAACAUUUUACGAAAUGAAAUGUAUGUGGACGACGUCUUAACAGGAACCCAUGAGCUAUCAACUGCUAAACAAGCACGAGAUGAACUCACUUCUGCUUUAGAGUCCGCGGGAUUCGCCUUACGAAAAUGGACCUCCAAUGACCCAGAAAUAUUAGCAGAGUUGCCCCAAGGACAUCGACUCGAUACCGAGUUACUCAACUUACCCGAGUUCGACAACACCAAAACCCUAGGUAUUCGUUGGAACUCCAAGAUAAAUUCAUUCUUUUUUCUCGUCAACCCAAUCGAGAAGAAACCCGCAUACACAAAAAAGGGAAAUUUUAUCAACCAUAGCUAA